CUUUGCUGAGUGUUGGCUCCCACUUGCCCACGUCCUUGUCUUUUCACUCGCCCUUCGCGGCCUCCUUUGAAAAGCUGCAUUGCAAUCUGCAAUGCGAACUUUCUGAUCUGAUUGCUUCAACAAACUUUGCGCUCUUGCAAUUCAGAGCUUGUCUUCCUAGAACAUCUUUGACUGAGUACAACCUUUCAACAAGUUCCAAGAAGCGUAACCUUUACACCUGUUACAGUAUUCAGGAGGGUCCAUCAGCGUAAAAGACGAAAAGAACCAUCUAUAAGCCCGCAGCCUGCGAUCCAUAAGAGAUGGCCUCCUCUAGUAUUCUGUGCGCGACCCCCCUCUCUGCAAGCGCAGCUCUCACCGCCAAUGCUUCCCGCGCCCAGAGCGGCGCAGCCGCCGGGCCUUCCGCAGUAGCGGCACUCCCUUUGGGGAGGUCCCGCUCCACCCAAAAGUGGGGGGCCGCAGCUGGCCUCAGGAGCUCCAGCUUUGUUGCCAACAACGUGGGGGCGCGCUUCGAGGCUGUGAGCAGGGGGUUGGUUGCAAGGUGUGCGGCAGGAUCAGCCGUGACCAUUUGCAAGGUGUCCAUCGGUGAUGAAGCGCCCAGCUUCUCCCUCGCCGACCAGAACGGCCGCACCGUGAGCUUGAGCAAGUUCAAGGGCAAGCCGGUUGUGCUCUACUUCUACCCCAAGGACGACACACCCGGAUGCACCAAGCAGGCCUGCUCGUUCCGUGACUCGUACGCCGACUUCAAGAAGGCCGGUGCGGAGGUAGUCGGCAUCAGCGCAGACUCACCUGAGUCCCACAAGGCCUUCGCCGAGAAGUACGACCUGCCCUUCACGCUCCUGUCCGACGAGGACAACUCCGUCCGUCAGGCGUUCGGCAUCAAGGGCGACUUUUUCGGCGCGCUUCCCGGGCGGGAGACGUACGUGCUGGACAAGAAGGGCGUCGUACAGCUGGUUUUCAACAACCAGUUUUCGCCGGAGAAGCACGUGGCGGAGACGAUCAAGGUUAUCGAGGAGAUCAAGGCGGACCAAAAGGGCGGGCUCUUUGCUAACCUGUUCCAAUAGAGAUGGAUUUGCUGGCUGGGCGCUUGUAUGAGAGCCAUAAUAGAGGUACGAGGACAUAGUCGUAUUUUGAAGGAAUGAGCAGGUACGGUAGAAAGUUGCACCGCUUUGUUGGUGCGUCGGACAGCUGGUCGCAGAGUAGGAUAAGUCACAGACGGUAACAGUUUUGCGAUGUACCCUUCUCAUCAUAAGGAUAUUUCGAUGCAGAACGGACUUUCGAUCUAACCGUCACUUUCGUGCGCUCCCUGCACAGAUGCGUCUUUAAAGCUCGGCAGCAGUGCACACUCGGACGCUUCUUGUUAAUUAUAAUAGAACCAACCAAUCUGAUAGACAGGGCCCGAUUCGCGGUCGCAACUCGUUCU